CGACGACGUCACAUGCGUUGCCUUACCUCGCCCACCAGCACAAUUGUGUGACAGUAUUCCAUCAGCCGCUAUUUAGUGGUCCAUUUGUGUUGUUUUGGCUGUUGUUCCCCGGCCGGACUAACGCAGGAUAGCCACCAAGUGGAGUUUGUGUGUUUGUGGCCGUGUAACGCUCUAGUCGGGCAGGUGCAAGGUGGCGCGAUGGUCCUCCACACCUCCAGGAUUUUUACUUGGCUGCUCGUCGUCUCCAUCUUCAUUGUCUUUUUUGUUCUCUAUCAGGGAAACUUGAGGGUAAACAUCAGUUGGACCACUUUCUCUGAGCAAUUUGAAGUAGUCUUAGAUGACCCUUGGGUUAAGACUAUUGCUCCAAACUGGGUGAAUGAAGAAAAUGCCGCCACCCCUGUCCUAAACAGAACAACGCCAGCAGAGUGGGUGACCUCCCUGCAAGUCACAUCAUUUGGAAAUGAGACGGUGUACAGCCCCUUGCGUGUUGUCAGCUCAGAGACCCCCAUGCCUAUUCUUUUAAAGACAAACUUUUCCAAACUUCCGUUUUGGGAUUUCGAGGACGUUUAUAUCCAGGAUGCUGCACCCAGAAACACUAUGUGUCGACAAUCCCUGAGGAAUUCCCAGGACGAGAGAUUCAAAAGGGCUUUCCUUCCCAACAUACGUUUGUUCCUACACAAGGCCAACAUCAACAUGAGCGAGUGGAACCGACUCUCCCAUUUCAAUAAUCCCUUUGGCUUCAUGGGCUUUGCUCACAAUGAUGUAAUUCCCUCGGUCAAGUUGAUUCCAAAGCCGAAGGAGCCUCUCCUCUCUCCAAAGCCAGGCGGCGAUGGUUGCAUCCAUUGCGCUGUGGUGGGCAACGGUGGCAUCCUCAACGGCUCCAAAAAGGGAAAAGAAAUCGACUCGCACGAUUACGUGUUUCGGAUGAACGGUGCUGUCACCAAGGGUUACGAGGAAGACGUGGGCAGCAAAACGUCUGUCUACGUCCACACGGCGCACUCUAUCACCGCGUCUUUGAGUUUAUACAAGAAAUACGGCUACAAGUCUGUCCCCCACGAUGAGGGAAUCAAGUAUGUGAUGAUUCCAGAGGGCAUGAGGGACUUCCAGUGGCUCGGAGGACUCCUCAGAGGAGAGAGGGUGCCGCUUGGCCCCUACCGAAAAAAAUGGCCGCGGACGUACUACAUGGGGCAGUACAACGAGAGCCGCUUUUACGUCCUGCAUCAGGACUUCCUACGAUAUGUGCGCAACAGCAGGUUCCUGAAGUCUCCGGGCCUUAAUAAACGUUCCUGGGGGAUACUUCGACCAACCAAUGGUGCUUUUACACUCUUUCUGGCCCUUCAUACGUGUGACACAGUGGAUGCAUACGGCUUCAUGACGAGAGACUACGCCAAGUACUCCAAUUACUAUUUCCAGAGACACGUAAAAAGCCGCGUGGUAUUCUUUGCCAAUCACGACUACAAGCUGGAAAUGAAAUGCUGGGAGGAACUGCACAACAGCACAAUCAUUCGUCUGUACCAAAGAAGUGAAAAAGAGACCCCAAAAAUGUGAAAGAAAUGACAUAAGAAUAACGCUAAUGUUUGGGAGGUUUACCAUAAGGUAGAACAUUCACGGGUGGCCAUUUUAAAACAGCAGUUCAAU